AUGGAAGAAGCACAAGAAAAAGAUAUGGAUGCAGUUGCUAGUUUUAAAAGUGGUAAAUCUUUAUCAAUAACUGGACGACAAGAUAAUAUAUGUUCACGACUUCAAAUGAUUAAUUUACUUGCUUCAUCAAAUCGUUAUGGUUAUAUAUUUUAUGCUACAGAAUCUGAUGGUCUUGUUAUAAUACCAUCAAAAUAUAUUGAUCAAAAAUCAUCUUAUUUAACUAAAUCAUCUGAUGAUGAUGAUGAUAAUGAUGAUGAAAAUCAAAAUCUUGAAAAAAAUUCAAUUAUUCAUCGAUCAUAUAUGCCAACUCAAAUGAUAAAUAAAAAUUCUUUAAUUAUACCGUAUUGGUUAUCAUUAAAUGCAGAUGAUUCUAUUCUUGCUAUUGUUCUUUCACAAUUAGAUACACAAACAUGGUAUAUUAUUUUCUAUGAUGUUGUCAAAUUAAUUCAAAGUCCAGAUUCAACACCAAUUGGUACACCUAUUAAUUUAUCAAAUAAUUCUAUUGGUGAUACAAUUAUACAUUUUACAUGGAAUCCAGCUAUUCCAAAUAUGUUUGCUUAUAUUGAUGGAAAUGGAUCAGUUUCAACAUUUGAAAUCGAUCAAAAUUCAAAACAAUUAAAAUCAUUAGGCAAAUGUGAUGCAAAUGAUGAUAAUUCAUCAAUUUGUUGGAGUCCAAAAGGAAAACAAAUUGUUGUUGUUACAUAUGAUGGUGUUUUAGAAUUAUAUGAACCAAAUAUGAAAUUAAAAAAAAAAUAUCCAUCAGCUAUUUCUGCUAAUUCAUUAUUUCCUCCAUGUAUUAGUGUACUUUGGUUUUCGACUCAUCAAUUUUUACUUGGUUUUUCAGAAAAUAAUCCAGAUGAAAAUACAAAUGAUAAUUCAUUUUUUCAUAUUAUGGUUACAUAUGAUAAAGAUCAACUUGUUAGAACACAAAUUUAUAAUGAUCUUUUUUUUGAUGCUUAUGAAACACCAAUUAAUAUUAAUUCACAAUAUUUCUAUGUACGAAUAAAUGAAAGUAAAAUUAUCGUAUGUGGUCUUACGAAAUCAUUAAAAAUUCAUGUACUUGGUUCAGAUGAACUCAAUCAGUUUAGUUGUAAUUGUUAA